AUGAGCGUUCGAAAGAUGGGAUGGUUUGGGGGCUCGCCUUCUAAAAUAUCCGCUGUAUCAGAAGUUCAACACGAAAGCCAGGCACCUCUUCAACUUCUUGAGGAUUUGCCUCCGAAAUUCGAAGAUAAGGAGCCCGCUCAUGAAUCUCAAACUACGUUCGUGAAUGCGUUGCAGAAGUUUCUGUUGAAUGAUUUAACAAUCGACCACUAUGUCAGCAUGCCAUGCUUCCGCGAGGCCAUGCUCACUGGAUUUCAGUCUAUGGGAGUUCUUGGAACUGUCACUUUCCUAAUUCACAAAAGCCCUUCUCGGUCCGUCCACUGGGGUGUAUGUGGAUUUUUCCUUGGAAGUGUUGUAGGAUGGGAACAAUGUCGUUCCAUAAGAAGGAGGUCUUUCCAAACUGUGGAGGCUGCUAAGCAAGCAAAUCAGGAUAAAUUACGGAAGAGAUUAGAGCAGAGGCAAGACAGUGAUCACUCAUUGGAGAGUUUCAAUCAAGUUCUGUCGAAAGAGAAAGAGAAUUGA